CACCCACCCCCCUCUUCCCCAUCCCAUCUCCACGGCGGCGCGGCUGAGCCGGGAUCGCACUAACGAGUGCGUUUUGGAUGGUCAAGCGCACCGAGAGAGGAUAAUUGAGCAUGAUUUGAGAAUUGUCUGUUAGAUGUUUUGGUCAAAUCUUUUUCUUUUUCGUAAAGUCGUCUCGCCAUAAUCAUGUUUUACUGCCAGUAGUGUUUUUUUUUUGGUUUUUUUUUUGCUUGCGUUGAUCUGCUUUAAUUUCAAGCGUAAAGUCCCAUCUGCGCUGGAGCGCGCUUGGCACACUUCUUCACAGGACAGAAACAAAAAUCCUCCUUUUCCCCCUUUGCGUUUGGAUUUAAACUCUUCACCUGGAUGAAUGGGCAACCUGGUCAAAGACUCGCACCUGCUCCGUGGAAACAUUGUUUUCUGUAUUGACCAGGAGUUGUGAUGUCCAAAGCCUUUCCCGCUGACUGACACACGGCGCCGCACCGCUUUGGAAUCGAUUUGAAGGCUGUAAGGACAGGGGAGGAAGAUGAGACCUCCCAGCCCUCUCCUGAUCCUGCUGUACAUCACAUUGUCCAAAAGUCUAAAGGUGGUCUCAAAGAGGGGCUCGGUGGACGGCUGCACGGAUUGGUCUGUGGACUAUCUAAAGUACCGGGUGCUUCAGGGUGAGCCGGUUCGGCUUAAAUGCGCUCUGUUCUACGGUUACAUCCGAGCCAAUUACAGCCAAGCACAGAGUGUGGGUCUCAGCCUCAUGUGGUACCGUAGCUCGGGCCUCGGCCACAGCGACUUUGAAGAGCCCAUCUCCUUUGAUGGGAUCCGGAUGAGCAAGGAGGAGGAUGCGAUCUGGUUCAGACCUGCAGACCUUCAAGAUGUGGGCCUCUACUCCUGUGUCCUGCGGAACUCUACAUACUGCAUGAAGGUGUCCAUGUCUCUGACUGUGGCUGAAAAUGACACAAAUCUUUGUUACAAUUCCAACAUGAGGAGAACGGAGAAGGCUGAGCUCAGUAAGAGUAAGGAGAUCCUCUGUCCUGACAUAGAAGACUAUGUGGAACCCGGCAAGGAGCUAAACAUCACGUGGUUUAAGGAGUGUCAUCCAAAGCAGUGGAGAGCCAGCAUCAUUCAAAAGAAAGACAUUUUGUUUAUCCAAGAAGUAACAGAAGAGGAGAUUGGGAAUUACACUUGUGAGGUCCAAUUCAGCGGCUUCGUCGUCAGAAGGACGACUGAACUCACCGUCACUGCCCCUGUGACCGACAAGCCGCCGAAGAUCCUGUUUCCCACGGAAAACAAGAUUAACACCAUAGAGCUGCAUCUAGGAAGCCCGUUGAACCUCACCUGCAGGGCAUUCUUCGGCUACAGCGGCGACGCCAGCCCGCUUAUUUACUGGAUGAAGGGGGAGAGGUUUAUUGAGGACCUGGAUGAAGAGAGAAUCCAGGAGAGCGACAUCAAAAUUGUAAAAGAGCACCUUGGGGAGCAGGAAGUGGCAAUAUCUUUAACUAUUACCUCCGUGGAGGAGGAGGACUUGGGAAAUUACUCUUGUUAUGUGGAAAAUGGUCAUGGCCGUCGUCAUGCCACCGUCCAGCUUUUCAAGAGGGCAGAGCUCAUGUACACCGUGGAGCUUGCAGGAGGGCUGGGAGCGAUCCUGCUGCUUCUCAUCUUUCUCAUUUCCCUCUACAAAUGCUACAAGAUUGAACUGAUGCUUUUCUAUAGGAGACACUUUGGUAGCGAAGACAUAGAUGGAGAGAACAAAGACUAUGAUGCGUAUCUUUCAUACACAAAAGUGGACCCUGACCAGUGGAGUCAGGAGACCAGGGAGGAGGAGCGCUUUGCCCUGGAGAUCCUUCCUGACGUCCUGGAGAAACAUUACGGUUACAAACUCUUCAUCCCAGAUCGAGACCUGAUUCCGACAGGAAGUUUCACCAAUGAGCAUUACCAGGAUGACACACAACUCUUUGGAGCCUACAUAGAGGACGUGGCUCGCUGUGUGGACCAGAGCAAGCGUCUCAUCAUCGUCAUGACGCCGAACUACGUGGUCCGGCGAGGCUGGAGCAUCUUUGAGCUGGAGACACGACUUCGCAACAUGCUGGUGACGGGUGAGAUCAAAGUCAUCCUGAUUGAGUGUGCCGAGCUGCGCGGCAUCAUGAACUACCAGGAAGUGGAGGCUCUCAAACACACCAUCAAAGCGCUUUCCGUCAUCAAGUGGCGCGGCCCCAAAAGCAACAAGCUCAACUCCAAGUUUUGGAAGCAGCUGCAGUACGAGAUGCCGUUCAGGCGCACAGAGCCCAUGCUGACGCACGAGCCUGCGCUGGACGUCAGCGAGCAGGGCCCUUUCGGAGAGCUGCAGACCGUCUCUGCCAUCUCCAUGGCAGCAGCCACCUCCACCGCCAUGGCCACCGCCCACCCUGAACUGCGCUCCUCCUUCCACAACAACUACCACACCACCAUGAGGCAGAAACACUACUAUCGCAGCUACGACUAUGACUUGCCCCCAGGGGGCACCCUGCCGCCUCUGUCAUCUCUAGGGAACCAGCACACCUACUGCAACAUCCCACUGACACUGCUGAACGGACAGAGGCCUCCUGGGAAGAGCCGAGAGCACAGCCUGGAGGAGGCUCACGCCAACAAUGCCAUGCUCCCCCUACUGCCAAGAGAGACCAGCAUCUCCAGCGUCAUCUGGUAGUGAUGAGGACGCGCCGCUUUUGAAAGACCGGUCAAGGUCAGACACAGCUCAAAGGAACAUCACCUGGGAUGACGGCAAGACGUGUUCCAGAUCCCGGUUCUGGAAGUGCAGGUUGGAAGGCCUUCUAAGGGACUCAGUCUCUGUUAUAGAGGACGUUUUCUAUGUGGACCUCAGAGUGAGAUAAUAAAAACACUGAUUUAACAACUAGAAAUAGACCCAGAACUCUGCAUAAUGAUUACAGCGAACAUGUGCACCCAAACACAAAUGUGCAUAAAUACAAGUGAAAGGAAAACAGGGUCUGUACAUAUAUUUGAAUUUCUUUGUAGCAUCUGUGUUUUCCUGUUUUGUUAUUUUGUCCAAUUACUUCAGUCAAAUCUGUUUCCAUCUCUAUUGUAGGAUUUUGCUUUAACUUGCUGCACAAAAGUGUAUAUUUUGUAUUGAUUUUUUUAUGUUGUUUGCUAGAUCAAAAAGCUGAUAUUUGAUGCUCCUACGAGGAUGCAUUUUGUUUUUCAUUUCUAUUUUUUCUUUUUAUUAAUUUGUCUUGUUUUAAAGAACUUUUGUUCCUUUUUUUUUUUUUUUAUGGAUGAUUAUUCAAACGCCCUGGACUUUUCAGGAGCUCCGAUGAGCUUGGGUUUGCUUUUGUUUUCUUGUAAAAGGUGUAUCUAGUUUAUAAGGAAACUCUCUUCGAAAAAAAAAAAAUCAUAGAAUAUGCAAAAAGAAGGAGAAGCUGGUAAAAUAUAUAUACAUGUGUGUAUCGCUCUGUGGGACUGGGAAUCAAUUUAGGAGCCCCUUCAAUCAGACAGACCGAUAGUCUGGCACAUCUAUCUCUAAAGCUUCGUUUUUUCUAUUCAGACAAACAGCCUUGCUGUUUUAGAGUGAUAGUAAAAUGCCUCACCUUAAAAAAAAUAUGUAGAUUAUUUUAAAAAAAAAGAAAUCUAUUUUUAUAACAGAAAAGAGUUUGCUUGAGAGAUCAUACUUCUUUGCCGCUCAUCUUCCACCCAGAGAGGACCCGUGGAUUGAUGUUAUGCCAGUUUUGUACUCUAGCAACGUGAUUUCGGGCUCGUUCGGAGACAAAUGACACGCGACAAAACAACCUCUGCUGUUACAGAAUCAAAACUGAAACAUUGUUUUCAUCUUUUUAUUUGUUUUAAUUCUUUUUUUACAUACUGCAUUCUACUCUCAAUCGAAUAAAUGGCAUUUGAAUCAUAUUUAUAGCUCAUGUUUAAGCAAAGAAAAGAAAACAUUUGUCUUUUGGAAGAAUUUUUAAAUAUAUUUGAGGGUGUGACUUUUGAGUAUGCAUAGAAAAUAGAUAUGUAUUCUAUAUAUAAUAUAGAUAUUUAUAUAAAUAUAUAAACACAAUUUUCACUUGGAAGGAAAUGUCUAUCUUUAUAGAAACACGAUCAUGAUCAGUUGCCCUUACUUUCUCACUGCACAUUAAAUGCAUUGAUUUCCUUUU